ACAGUGUAACCUUGCUAUUACGUAUUUCAUAUGGGCUUUAGUAGCCAAUCAGAUAUGAAGAGCUACAUUUAGCAAGUGUGUAUGUGUUAGUGUGUGUGGUAAAAACAGUUCCAUUGCAGGAAAUUGAGUGUCCGACUAGCAGUUCUUAUGAACAGUGCACACCAACAAAAAUGAAGACUGGUACAAGGCUUCUUCUUUCAAUUGCAUUUGGUUGUGUUGCUUCUUCCAAUGUACUUCUCCAAAUGCACAAGCUUGAUAUUGUUGAUAACCCUGGAUCUGCCAAGCCUGUCAGUACAAAUGAUUCAGGAGUGAAGAAGGCAGUGAAGACAGCCACCUAUGAAUUUAACAACAGAUCAAAUGACAUAUUCCUGUUCAAAGCAUCUGCUAUUGAUGAUGCAAAGAUUCAGGUUGUUAAAGGAAUAAAGUACAUCCUAGAAGUGAAGAUCACACGCACUGUGUGUCGCAAAAAAGGACACCCUGACCUGGAAAACUGUAACUUUCAACCAGAUGGGAAACUAAAGCAGAUAUUCCAAUGCCAUUUUGAGGUCUGGGCCAUUCCUUGGUUGCACUGGAUGAAAACCGCCGUUCUCAUCUGUCAGUAGAUGGAUGCUCUGUGGAUAUGCUUGCCUUCUUGAAGAUCAUUUGGGAACUGUUUUUCAUACAAGCAGUACUGUAACACUGUAAACCAUGCUUUCAGUAGUUUGUAAUUUUCAUUAUUCAUUUCCUCAUGCACAUUUUGGGUGCAAUCAUCACCAUCCCUGAAUUGUUUAAAAAAAAAACAAAGUAUAAUUAUCAGAGGAUGACAUCUGACAGGGACUGUAGUGAAUUUAAACUUACCAUAG